UCAGUAUCGGAAUCUCUGGGAAAGCUGCUGGAGUCCGUAAAGGUCUUACGCCUGAUUGAUUCGAGUUCGGCUCUAGAACUACUGUCCCACUGCGCACUAGAUCUUCAUCGGCUUGACUUGUGCCGCAUAGUGACCGAAUACAAUGCCCUGGAGGAUUUUCUGGAAACGAAUAAGAGAUCCAUUUGCUCUGUUGGCUUUCAUGAUGUUAAAACCUGCGGCCCGGGCCAGCUGGAGGGCAACCUUUCCGAACUGUCCUCCAGUAUGCUUUGCAAAAUGCUAAAAGUGCCACUGUCUACACCAUGUCAAGCAGCUGACUGCGUGUGUCGUUCUUCUUGGGAAAGGGGAUGGAGGCUGCUACUGCAUAAUGACGGGGGGACGGAGUAA